AUGCCAAAGCAAAACAAGUCGGUCUUGCAAAAACAGUACAGGAGCAAGGAGCUCGAUGGGUUUUCUUUGGUACGGGCGGAGAUCCGUCAUGCUACUAGAGGAGAAAUAGACCCCAAGACAAGACAAGAUGUUCUACGAAAAGCCGCACGGCUGAUCAAAGACCUUGCUGUGUUAAACGCAAAGUUGCAACACCAACUUUAUAAAUCCUGUCACACUAGUUCCGAAACACCAUCAAGUUGUGCAGGAGCACUUCCGACAACAAUCAGUGCAGAUCCAUGUGUGCAAGACCCAUAUUCCCCUGCAUAUUAUGAAUACGAAUACUUCAUCGAGCAGCCAAACCCCGUCCGCCAGCUCGCAGGCAUACAGCCAACUGAAUCACAUCCAUAUGUCACCAGCACAGGCUAUGAACUGUGCAAUAUCAUGCCAUCGGGGAACACGGGUAUCACCCUCGGGCCGGUCGCAUAUGAUCAGAUCAUCAGCCAGGUGAAUCCUCGCUGGAGCUCGGAUCGCCAGUAUUACAAUCAUCAUGAACAAUUAUACGCGUAG